ACCAAAGGUUCCAGUAGCAGUCUUUCGAUUGCAUAUGGAGCUCUUCACCAAGGCCAAGGCAGUGAAACUCCGAAGCCAUCUCAACAAGUAUCUAUUCGCCGACGAUGAUCAAGAAACGGUGCGUCAAAGUAGAAACGACUCGGCAAAGCGAGCCAUAUGGUUAGUCGAGUUAGUCGAAAACAAAGACGAUGUCGUUCGUCUCAAAAGUCUAUAUGGCAAAUACUUAACUGCCUCUGAUCUUCCCUUUCUUCUGGGCGUGACGGGCAAAAAGGUACUCCAAACAUUCCCGGAGAAGAACAUGAACUGGAAAAUAGAGUGGCAGCCGAUAAGGGACGGGUUUCAAGUAAAACUCAAGACAUGGUGUGGGACAUUUUUACGCGGCAACGGAGGAACUCCGCCGUGGAGAAACUCAAUCACCCACGACGAACCUUAUACUGGUUCGACAAAAAAGUGGAUUUUGUGGGAUGUGCAGGAAGUGAAAGCACUGGAAAAGGCAUCGUUUAAGGAAUAUCCGUCGUCAGUUUCGAGUUUUUCAUCGGUUUCCGAUGAAGUUUUGGAGGCUUUGUCCGAUGAUCAUUUGGGUUCGGCGCCGGAGUCCCCCAUAUCCGUCAUGUCAGCUAACUCUUCCAGAUUGUCAACAUUUUCGACUCGGUCGCCCAAAAUUUCAUCAACAAAGCAGUUAAUCUCUGAAUACAAUCAACACCGUAGUGGGAUGGACUUCUUUCACAACGCCAAGGCGGUGCGUCUCCGUAGCCACCACGACAAGUUCCUUGUUGCUGAGGAAGAUGAAGAGUCCGUUACUCAGGAUCGAAGGGGAUCCUCCAAGAGUGUCCGGUGGACUGUUGAGCUUGUUCCUGGAACGGAGAACAUAAUUCGUCUUAAAAGCUGUUAUGGAAAAUAUCUCACCGCCUCCAACCAGCCGUUUUUGCUGGGUAUGACGGGUCGGAAAGUGCUUCAGUCUCUGCCUGGGAGGCUUGACUCUUCUAUUGAAUGGGAACCGGUCAGAGAAGCGAACCAAGUGAAGCUCAAAACACGUUACGGUAAUUUCUUGAGAGCCAAUGGGGGCUUGCCGCCUUGGAGAAACUCUGUUACUCAUGAUAUUCCUCACAGAACCGCUACUCAAGAUUGGAUUUUGUGGGAUGUUCAUCUGGUUGAGAUUCUGGUUCAGCCUCAUGAAGAAGCUCCAGCUCCACCUCCCAUUCCUCAUUCGGAUUCUUCAGAUUUUGAGUUCAAUUCACCAUCUUCAAUCAAGACCACACCUGGGAAUUAUUCGAGACAAGAGUCAAAUGAUUCGUAUGUGGGUUCGCCUCCAAAGUCUGAGGGAAGGACGAUAUACUACCAUGUUGCUGAUGAUAGUGGAGAGGUUGAUGAUGAGGGGAUGGAGGGUUUUUGUUUGACGUUUAAGGGAUCAGGAGUUGAAGAAUUGACUCAUAAAUUGAAGGAAGAUCUAGGUAUUGAGGAUAUCAUUGUGUGUACUCGAAGUCCUUUGAAUGGAAAGCUUUUUCCCCUGCGGCUCCAACUUCCGCCAAACAAUUCUGAUAUGCAUGUUGUUGUUGUUCCAUUAUGUUCCAAUGUGGCAAGAGAAUUUGCAAAACAGGGGAUAUAAUCAUAAGAUGCAUCAUGGGUUGUAUGCAAUAUGCAUUCACAACUUCAUCUUCUGUGCAAACCGACUCAGUCGCAUCAAUAUGCUACCUGAAAGCAUUCAAGGAGUCAGUAUAAAUAGGAGUUUCUUCUUCAGCCUAUUGUCAGAAACAGCAGGAACUUCGAUGGUCUAGUGGUGGGAAAUAUAAGAAAAUCGCCCCUUAAUAUUCUCCAAAUUUUGUUCAGCUUGGAAGAAUUAUUGAAAUUUAAAUUCCUUUGUCGGUUCAUUGAUCAGUUUUGUUUUAAGUUUGUUUUGGCUCAACUUUUUCGUUAGAAAAAGUGUAUGGUUUGCGGCUUGAGACCUCCAGGUGCUUGCAGUAUUUGUAAACUUUAUAAUCAUAAAAUCAUACCUCUUGUAAGUAUUCA